AUGCCAUUGAUCAUGGAGGAAGCUAUCAAUGUCGACGACCUCUUCGGUGAGGCCCAUUCCUUGGAUCUGGGGUUACCCCCGGCACCGGCCCCGCCCACCAAAGGGCUGGCCCAAUGUCUCGAUGAGAUGCGCCUGCUGGGUUGUCGCCAGAAGGUGGCCUGGUCCCGCCUAGGAGGCAUAGCCUACAUCGCCUCCGAUGGAGUGCGAGUAUGUGUGCGAAACCUUCAAUCUCGUUCCUCUGAUGGGAAAUGGGUUCUGAGUGACGAGUUCCCUUUGGGACCGGUCACUGAAGCUCAUAAUGGCAAUCUGCUGCUUCAUCUCUCCUGGAACGAUGCCGGAUCGGAGCUGGCCGUCGUCGACUGUUUGGGUCGGGUGUCUAUAUAUUCAGUCUUUAUGGCCUUGAAUAAUAUUACAGGCCUGCGCCAGGCAACCUACGACUCUAGUGAUGAUAGUAAUCAGAUUGUUGGCCUGAUGUGGCUCAAUCCUGGGCGUCAGGUUCAUGCUUUCCAACAAGCAGCAAAGCUUAACAACAGAUGGGCAUAUUCGCCAUUCCGCUGGCGUCCAACCCAUCCCUCUCAUCCUGCCGGGAAAAGUUCCUUGAUCUCUGUCACACGAGCAGGCCAGAUCAAACUGAUGUACCAGAACAUGGAUGGCAAGUGGGCUGAGGUCCCUGCCGAAUUGAAGAAUACCGGAUAUUCAGAUCGGUUAUUGACACACGCAGCUAUGGUCGCCACGCAAGGAACCAUCUUGCUGGCCACUUACUCUGUAUGCCAGAAGAUCUGUCUAUAUCGAGUUGAAGUUUCUUGGAAUCCCAACAAAUGGGACCCUACCGCAAUCAGAAGCCCUAACAAAUGGCCGAUCCCCUCCCUUCGCCUCCUCCACUACAAAAUCGAUAUGCCCAGCAACAUCUUGAACGUCAACCUCGGCUCUGAAGAGCACUCGGAUCAACCAAUGCCAUUUCCCAACUCGGUAUACUCGUUGACCCGUCUUGAAGUCAUCCCCGGACAGGUCGAUAGCCCUACGGGGCCAACUACCACCAGCCCUUGGAUUCUGGGGGUCUUCUCCAAACCCCUCCAUGCCACGCCAGAAUAUCCAGACCAGCAAGGUCCUCUCAGUGUGAUUGUUCGAUGGCAACUAGACUCCGCACAGCAAACAUUCCACCCCAAAUUCGACGAGGUUGCGUCAAAGAAGAAUAACGCACAGGCUAGGCCCAAAAUCGAGAUGCGUCGACUCGAAGACAUCCACCUACAUAAAUAUAUUAUUUCAGUGGACCUGAUGGAGCACGUUACGGCUCCUGCCCUGGCACUUACUCAUGAUGAUGGUUCUAUUACGUUCUACGAAACGAAGACCAUGACUAUGUUCAAUGGGUUGGAUGAUGCCAAUACGGUCAACUGCUUGGCCCAGGCAGGUUUCCAGUAUCCAAUGGAUACACCAGGCCUUUCUAUCGCGUUCUCUCCAAACUCUUGCGCUGCAGUGGCAUUGGACAGCGAGGGACAAUCUCGGCUGAGAUGGAUGGAGCACACCUUUGGAUCCAGUGGUGGUCUUUAUGAUGAGAGUAAAUUCUCCGCUGCGAUUGCGGCAUUGACUCUGGCUUUCAGCCGUGGCUCUGGCAGUGAUGCCAAUACGGACGACAUUCUGAUGAUUGUCCUGGGGCAGCUUUCUCCCGAAAACCAAUCCACCUUCCUCAGCGAAGUAUAUCGUGCAUUGUCUGUCAACUGCAACUUCACUGUUGAACAGGAAAAGCUUUUGACACAUGCAUACAUCCCGCGAGCACUUAGCUUACAAGCUAGUCUGGGCUUCAAGGGAAGAAGCCAUCCCCGGACUCUGUCGUCGGCUAUUUCUUGGGCUAUCCUACAGCUACGACAUUCUUCUGUGCUCUACGCAGCCUACUUCCAGAACAGCAAGAACGUGCCCGCCGAGGCCCAUGAUUCAGGAAUUCUACAUGCCCUCCUAGGAAACACGAAAUGGGCUCUCGAUUUCUCCCAUUAUAUCCUAAGCGAGAUCUUCGAUCUAGCCGAUGAUUUUGAAAAUGUUCUCCAUGACUCGGAAGCAUUUACUCAAAAACUGAAAACAACAACAUCCCUCCCCCUCCUCAUCCUCCUCUCCAGCAUGUCCCGCGCCUUCAUGCGCUUCAUCUGCCGCGGCCUCCGCGGUCUCCGCAACGGCUUCGAGCAAAUAAACCCAGCAAUGCUCGAACCCGAAUCCCGCGUCUACUACAUCGACAUCUGCCAAGCGCUCGAAACCUCACCGGUCCGCGUGGACAUCUACGAAAAGUUUCUAGCAGGCGUCGACUCCGCCGUCAAACACGCCUACCAAGGCUCCGGCUUCGGAGACGCCGAACGGCCCAGUCCAGAGAAAGAACUUCUCGUGAACGCACGUAUCCCACCGGUCCUCAUCUCCGCCGUUGAAACGCUACUCAGUCAAACUGUCCCGUCGAUUCGAUCGGAGAUUAACCGGAAGGACAUCGUGCUGGGUGAUUACAGUUGGCUCGGUUUCGGGAAUGACCCGCGGACGGUGGCGUAUCGGAAGCGUCGUGAUGUCGAUAUCUUGAUGAAACUCCCCCUACGCCCUGUGGCCGCGGGACGAGACAUUUCGGGGCCCGCGCAGAUGUUGAGGAGACGUCGGUGUGUGCGCUGUUGUGAGGUUUCUGGGGAUGGGGGCCGGCCUAGGACGGGUCCUUGGACGAAGAUGAUGCAUCGGCUUAAUUUGCUUCGCACUUGUGCUUGUGGUGGGGCGUGGGUUAUGGAGAUUCCUGAGUCUGGUGGUGAUGGUGCGGGUGCGCAGGGUGCUGGGGCGUUAGUGUCGGGGCAUGUGUCGGCGUCGAGGGCUGUGGGUGUUAUGGGGUCAUAG